AACAACAUCUCGAGCCACUCACAAAUGAGUCGAAGCGGACUAACCAACCAACCAACCAUUGCUUUCAUUCCGAUAACACGACGAACUAGCCUCUCGCCGUCCCUCGCUGCCCACCGUCAGAUUGAGAUCUCGCCACCGCCAUUAGUUUAGUCUCUCCUAUUAAGGGGCCUAAUAGCAGCAAGCAGUACAGUGGUUUGCUCACCAAAUCCAUUAUCAAUAAUGUCAGAAAGUGAUUUGGCCAUCAUGAAACGAGAGAUGAUGCAGUCCUACAUCUGGCUUAAAACUGCUGAUGGUUCAAUUCAGCGAGUGGAACAAGAGAUUGCGAUGUUCUUUCCCAUGAUAUGUCAAGAGGUAGUAUACAAGGGUGUGGGAACUUCUAAGAAUCAUGCAAUAUCGCUUCCACAGCAAGUAAAUCAAGCUGUAUUCAGCUUGAUUCUUGAUUACUGUAGAUUUCAUAAAGUGCCUGGACGUUCAAACAAGGAACGAAAAAGUUAUGAUCAAAAAUUCAUCCGGAUGGACUCGAAGAUGCUACGUGAGUUGGCCUCUGCCGCUGACAGUUUGCAGCUGAAGCCUUUGGUUGAUCUUACUUGUCGCACACUUGCACGAACCAUUGAAGGAAAACCCCUUGAGGAGAUUAGAGAGAUACUUAAUUUGCCUGAUGACCUUACUGAGGAGGAGAAAUUAGAGCCUCUGAAGAACACAAUGGAUGAUCCAGGGAUUCGACUACUGAACAGAUUGAACGCAAAGAAAAGAAAGGAACUGAAAGAAAGAGAGAGAUUAAAGAAUGUUGAGGUUGAAGAACAUGCGGUCGAACGUUCUGUGGAUGACUUGAUAUCGUUUAUAAACGGCGGAGAUCCCAAGGUAGUAAAGACGUCAAAGGGAAAGAAGAAGAACAAGAAAAAGAAGAACAAGAAGAUUGUUUCUUCAAAUGACAAAGAGGGAGCCGAAGACUUCCAUGACAAGGAAUCACAUGAUCUUCAUUCCAAACAACAAGGUGUUGAAGAGACUGGAUCCGGCAUCAGAGAGGUAGAGGUAGCCAACUUACUUAGUACGGAAGAUGACAUCUUUACGCUAAAGUCGUGGUCUGAGGAUGGAUAUAUAGAUGAUGAGAUCGAUCCAGUCAUGAAGGAAAUGCUUGAUAGAGAGAUAGAAGAUUUUGCUCGAAGAUUGAACUCCAAUUGGGUUAGAUCGCGAGGACAAGAAAGAAGGCCUGUUCACUUUUCCAUGAACGGCAACGGGACUAUAAGACGGCAUAUAGGGUAUAAUUUGGAUGUGAUCAUGUGAAGGUCAAUCUUCAGGACACAAUUGAUGAAUUCAAUGGCGUGUCACAGUUUUGGUUGGUUAUAUGAGCAAAUACGAGAGAGAGAAUGCUUCAUGAGUCGCUGAAGUAGAUGCAGUUUUGAUUUGAUUUCUUUACUUUGUAAUGAUUUGAUCCUUCAAUUUGUAAAACCACGUUUUGAGUAUUUUUGUUGGUGUAUCCUUUUUAGAGUUCGAUUCUAUAUUAGUUUCUUGUUUCAGUUUGUUUGUUUAUAUAAACUCACAAGCUAAAUAAGGAAGACAUGUUCCAUUU